UUCUUAAAGUCGUAAGCGAUUGAAGCAGCGCGCCACUGCGUCUGCGAAGAGGGACUCGUCGACCGGUGCCAGGCAGUCCCCCCCCGUCCCGACCCCAAUCACCACCUCUCGGUGGCGGCAACAGCGUCAGGAGCGAGCCCGUUAUUAACAAAUCCCUCUUCCCCGUGGGACUCCUUAAUGCGCACGUGAAAUAUUGAGGACCUCUGAGCAACUCUGCUGCUGCGUGUCUGUGACCCCCCGUUGUGUCGCUCACGCCUGAGCACGAUGAUGAUCCGGAGGACCUUUUGGCUGCUGGCGGUGCAAGCGUUAUUGGCCGUCACUGUGAGAUGUCAAGACGAUGCACCCCUCGGGAGCUGUGAGGACGAGAUCGGGCAGCUGCACGACAACAAGGACGUGUGGAAGUCCGAACCGUGCACCCUCUGCGUCUGCGACAAUGGCAACAUCUUGUGCGAUGACCUCAUCUGCGAGGACCUGAUGGACUGUGCAAACCCCGUCAUCCCCGAGGGGGAGUGCUGCCCCAUCUGCGGCGACGAAAACGGCGCUGCCAAGCUUCAACUCACCGAAGAGCCCAAGGUGGAGGUGAAACCGGCGCGUGGGGGCAAGGCAAAUGCUCGCCGUCCCGGUCGGCCACCCGUCCCCAGCCAGCCCGAGAACGGAAGGCGGCCGGUGAUUCCUGUUCCUUCGUACCCGGAGUCCGUUGGGCCGUACGCAGCUCAGAUGGGCGGCGGCUACAAGACGGAGUCGACGGAGACGGGCGCCCCCGGCCCCAUGGGACCUAGGGGACCUCCUGGCCUGCCUGGCCCUUCGGGCCCAGCUGGAUCUUCGGGAGCCCCAGGAGAGCCUGGAGAGCCAGGAGCUUCUGGUCCCGUUGGCCCUGUUGGACCCGUUGGGUCCCCAGGCCGUGCUGGUGAAGACGGUCACCCCGGCAAGGCUGGCAUCUCCGGCGAGCGCGGGGCUCCCGGUUCUCAGGGCGCGCGUGGCUUCCCUGGCAACCCCGGGCUGAGCGGCAUGAGGGGUCACAAGGGCUACGAUGGUCUGGAUGGAAACAAGGGCGAGGCUGGCAGCGCUGGACCCAAGGGUGAGCGUGGACCAUCAGGAGCGAACGGAGCUGCUGGUCUUACGGGACCCCGUGGAAUGCCCGGCGAGAGGGGACGUAGCGGCGGCGCCGGAUCUGCUGGAGCUCGUGGUGCUGAUGGUGCCCCUGGCCCCGCCGGACCCGCGGGCCCCAUCGGAGGUGUCGGUGUGCCCGGCUUCCCCGGAAGCCCCGGAAACAAGGGUGAGGUCGGCCCCGCUGGUGCUAUCGGAGCCGGUGGACAGCAGGGACCAGCGGGAGAGCCCGGCAUUGGCGGAGGCAUCGGACCUGCAGGCCCUGCCGGUCUUAGAGGCGCCAACGGAGCUCAGGGACCCAAAGGACCUUCGGGAGACUCCGGACCUGCCGGUGGCCCCGGGAUGCCCGGACCUCGUGGGCCCCUUGGGCCCCCCGGUUCGUCGGGCCCUGCUGGACCCAGAGGCAUUGCGGGAGAGCCCGGAGUGCCGGGAUUCAAGGGCGAGAGCGGUGCCAAGGGAGUGCCGGGAGCAUCGGGGCCCGCGGGUCCCUCCGGCCCAAGCGGAGAGGAAGGCAAGAACGGUGCUCGUGGCGAGCCUGGCGCCUCCGGACCAGCUGGCGCCGCCGGCGAGACGGGAGCUCCGGGCGGUCGUGGAAUGCCAGGACCUGGCGGCAACGCCGGAUCGAUCGGAAUGCCCGGCGAGCGUGGAGCGGCCGGCCCUGCUGGAGCCAAGGGACCUGAAGGAGGACCUGGACGCCCAGGAGACUCCGGAAUUCCUGGAGCCAGGGGUUCCACUGGGAGUCCCGGAGCAGCUGGUUCCGAGGGAAAGCCUGGCGUCUCUGGCCCCGUGGGAGGAGAUGGUCGUCCUGGCCCCCCAGGCCCCUCUGGAGUUCGUGGUCUUCCCGGCCCCAACGGAUUCCCAGGGCCCGCAGGAGGCGCUGGCGAGGCUGGCAAGCCCGGCGACAGGGGUCCUUCCGGUUCCGCAGGGCCACGUGGGGCUCCUGGCAAGGAUGGUGAGGGCGGCCCCGCUGGUCUGGCAGGUCCCGUGGGCCCCGUGGGUUCUCGUGGUGAGCGUGGCGCUGCUGGUCUCCCUGGAGCACAGGGCCUUCCCGGACCCUCAGGGGCGAAUGGAGAGCUGGGUCGCGCCGGCAGCAUGGGAAGUCCUGGUGAUAGGGGUGGUCCUGGACCUGCUGGUGCCCGGGGAGAGGCCGGAAUCCCCGGGGAGCGUGGAGCCCCAGGCCCCGCUGGCGCCGCAGGCCCCAGAGGAGAGGCUGGACCUGCGGGGACGGACGGAGGAAAGGGUGAGGCUGGCCCUGCAGGCCCAGCCGGAGGAGCUGGCAGCCCGGGCAUGAUGGGACUCCCUGGUGACCGAGGGUCGGGUGGAACUCCCGGAGAGAAAGGAGAAAAGGGCGACGGUGGUCCAGCAGGAAGUGCAGGCAACCCUGGGAGGGAUGGCCCUCGCGGUCCAGAUGGUCCCGUUGGUCCCCCAGGUCCCCUGGGUCCCGGUGGAGAGAGAGGUGAAGCUGGUCCCUCCGGCCCUGCUGGGCCCGCAGGUCUCCAGGGACCCCCUGGUGAGCGUGGAUCCAACGGUGCUUCUGGUGGUCCUGGAUUCCCCGGACCCCCGGGUAGCGACGGGCAGCCCGGCACCCGUGGCGAGCGUGGUGAGGCUGGCGGCAAGGGCGAGGGUGGCGCCGCAGGUCCUCCCGGCCCCUAUGGGCCUGCUGGUCCCCCGGGCCCUGCUGGUCUGGUCGGUGGAAAGGGAGGGAUUGGACCCGCCGGCUCAGCCGGCCCCGUUGGAUUCCCCGGUGCUUCUGGAGCCCCUGGUGGACCCGGACCCGCUGGCCUCACCGGACCCCCCGGCGGGCCUGGCCCAGCCGGCAAGUCCGGACCCCGCGGCCCACGCGGAGACGGCGGCCCCUCCGGACGCGACGGCUCCACCGGACCCGGCGGGCCCCCGGGCCCACCCGGCGAGCGUGGACCCUCCGGAGCAACCGGCGCCAGCGGCCCAGUCGGCCCCCCUGGACCCCCCGGAUUGUCUGGCGGCGGAGGAAUGCUGGGAGUGCCGGGGACUCGCGGAGAGAGGGGAGGACCUGGAGGUUCUGGCCCACCUGGAGCCAUGGGCAGGGAUGGCGCUCCUGGCCCCGCUGGCGAGAGGGGACCCGACGGGCCCCCAGGCCCCGCUGGUGCCCCCGGACCCGCCGGUGACAGCGGUCGUGAAGGCAACGCCGGUUCUGAUGGAGCCCCAGGCCGUGAUGGAUACGCAGGAGGCAAGGGAGAGAGCGGUGACGCCGGACUUGCCGGUGCCGCGGGAGCGUCGGGCAUGAUGGGAGCGCCGGGACCCAGCGGACCCGCUGGCAGCACUGGCAACCGCGGAGAAACCGGUCCCGGAGGACCAGGCGGCCCCGCUGGCCCUGCUGGACCCCGAGGCCCCGCGGGUCCAUCUGGCGGCAAGGGAGGCAAGGGAGAGGCUGGUGGCGCUGGAGCGGCCGGAGAGAAGGGAUUCCGUGGAGAUCCCGGUCCCCAGGGGAUGCACGGCGGAAUGGGUCGCCCUGGAGAGAGUGGUGGUGCUGGAGCUGCGGGUCCAACCGGUCCAAGGGGCAUCCCGGGUUCCCAGGGUCCCGCCGGUCGUGACGGACACGCCGGGAACGCCGGUAUCGCCGGUGGCACCGGUCCCCGUGGCCCCUCUGGAAGCAGCGGCCCUGCUGGGCCCGCCGGACCUCCGGGCCCACCCGGUCCCCCCGGCCCCUCGGGAGGCGGCGGCGGAUACUUCUACGAGUCGGUGCAGACCGAGGUGGAGAAGGGGCCCGACCCCCUGCGCUUCUACCGUGGCGACGAGGCCGUGCAGGAGAAGGCCGUGCAAGCACAGGAGAUGGAGGCGUCGCUCAAGACGAUCAGCGGCAAGGUGGACCUCCUGCAGGUGCCCGACGGCAGCCGGGAGAGGCCCGCGCGCACCUGCCGCGACCUGCACCUCACCCACCCCGACCUCAAGAGCGGCAACUACUGGGUGGACCCGAACAAGGGCAGCCCCAUCGACGCCAUGGAGGUGUGGUGCAACAUGGAGAGGGGUCACACCUGUGUGGCAGCCAACCCCAAGUCGGUCGCCCACAAGAGCUGGCACAGCGCCCAGGGCAAGGAGCAGAAGCACAUCUGGUUCGGGGAGAACGUCCAGGGCGGCUUCAAGUUCACCUACGGCGACGACUCGCUCCCAGCCAACACGGCGGCCGUGCAGAUCACCUUCCUGCGCCUGCUGUCCCGCGAGGCGUCGCAGAAGCUCACCUACCACUGCCGCAACAGCGUGGCCGUGUCCGACGAGCGGGGCGACUUUGGCAAGGCUCUGCUGCUGCAGGGCUCCAGCGAGGUGGAGAUCCGUGCCCAAGGGAACUCUCGCUUCACCUACAGCGUCCUGGAGGACGGCUGCAAGAGCCAUACGGGUCAAUGGGGAAGAGCGGAAAUUGAGUACAAGUCACAGAAGACUUCUCGUCUGCCCAUACUGGAUAUUGCGCCAAUGGACAUUGGAGGGCCUGAGCAGGAGUUUGGCAUUGAUAUUGGCCCCGUCUGCUUCUUCUAAAUGGACACCACCUCCAGUCUUUUUUUUCCCCCCCUAACUCUUGGACUGCUGCACUGAAAGGUUUGAAAAAUGUGUACUUAAAUCAUCCACCUGCUUAUCUUUUGAAAAGGCAAGGCAAUGAAACAACGCGGUCAAAGAGUUCGCUACCCUUUCCACUCUGAUCCCCUUAACGGAGACGUGUCCUUGAUUUGUCACGAGCGGGGGACGUCCCAAAAGGUGCGUUCGGUUAGGGCCCCGACGAGAAACGAGUUCGGCUCCUUCUCACGGGGAGCCUAUCCGCGCGCCCUCGCAUCAACGCGAUGUCGCCCGCUGUGUCGAUGUCAGUUUCGACGUAAGAAGUUGGUAGUAGGUUUUUUUUUUGUUAGACCAAAGGAUCUCCGGUAGGAGCUACCUCAGGCCCCCCCGACACACACACACACGCGUGAACACGUCAAUGCAGGGGUGACAAGGCACUCCGGGUGCUGAUAAUAUUGACGCUUUUUCUCAUGGUGCUAUAUAUCAUCAAAAGUUUUUGCGGUAGUCGACAAGAGAGCAUUUUAAACAUUUAUUGGGACAUUUUUUUUUCUUGAACCACGGUGGGAUGUUUCUGGGAGUAACCUCCCCGUGGAGAUAUUCGUUAAAAUCUCUCUCAUCCCCCCCCCACCCCCUGCCAUCAAGAGUCACGUGGUCCGAUCCGGUGGCUCUUCGCCCCCUCCAAAGUUGCAAAAUGUAGGCAGAUGGAUGAUGGAUCCAGAUCGAAUUUUUCUUUUUGUCAAAUUCAAAAGGUACAUCAACAACAACAACAAAAAACCAAGACACAUGAUUAAAAGGAAAACACACUGCAGUGAGCAGUAUUUGGCUGUAAAUUACUCAAAUUUAGAGACAAUAAUAAUUUUUUUAUAUAUAAUAACCCCACUUUUUUUUUGCAAGCGGUACCUGAAAUCGUGUCGCCCCAAUGCACCCCCCCCGGCUCUCCCCAUCACGUCCCGGCUACAAUUGAACCCUCUCCCAAGCCUCGUGAGCCGAUGGUGGUUUUGUUUAGAAUACAGUCUUGCCCCCCCCCCGCCCCCCUUUUACGUGUGUGUUACUUGUGUUGAAACAGUCGUUGAACUAAAUAAAAAAACAAACCGAAAUACACAGUGCAA